CUGCAGAAUAAAUUUCCGAUCUUUGUGGAAAAUCCUUGCCGUGCGGCUUGUCUGUGUUUGUCCUCCCCAUGCUCAGUAAUUUCGCAAAAAAUUCCACGCUUAUCACGCGCACAUUUCGCUCCAGUGUGAUUAGAAUGGGAGUUACGGUGGAGACAAUCAAACCUGGCGAUGAGGCCACUUUCCCGAAGAAGGGACAGACCGUGAGCGUUCAUUACACAGGCACACUGCAGGACGGGACGAAAUUUGAUUCCUCGCGCGAUCGUGGGAAGCCGUUCUCCUUCAAGCUGGGAGCCGGGGAAGUCAUCAAAGGUUGGGAUGAAGGUGUGGCGCAGAUGAGCAUCGGGCAGCGCGCCAAGCUGACCUGCUCGCCAGACUACGCGUACGGGAAGAAGGGCCAUCCGGGCGUCAUUCCACCCAACUCCACCCUCAUCUUCGACGUGGAACUGCUCAGCAUGAAGUGAAAACCCUGCCGACAGGCCCCGUUCUCUCUCAGCGACAAGACAAACACCCUCAACUCUAACUUAUCCGCUGCAAAAUGGCUGUACCAAUACACUGCUUUAUAAACACGGGCUAAUUCCGCUUUUUUUGACCAUUUUACCCUGUUAGCUGGUUGCUUUCGGCACCUGCAGUAUGUGUGCGUGACACCGGAGAGGCGAAACAAACAGAUUAAAAUUGUGCGGGAUGG